AUGGCUUAUUUUGAUUCGUUCCCUAUUCGUUUGAGACCUUACAUAGUUGAUGUGCAAGAUGUGGCCACAGAUGGCAAUUGUGGUUUUCGGGCUGUGGCUAAUAUUCUAGGUAUAGGUGAAGAGAAUUGGUCUUUGGUCAGAAAAGACCUAAUAAAGGAGCUUGAAUCUCAUUUUGAUGAUUACUCUAGACUCUAUGGAAAUGAUGAUAUGACUAUGCCGGAUAUGGGUUAUGUUAUUGCUUCAAGAUAUAAAAUUAUUCUUGUUCACUUGAGCCAACAACAAUGUCUUACAUUUCUUCCACUUUGGGAUGAACCAUUUGCAAUCGCAUCUCAUAAGAUUGUUGCAAUUAGAUUUGCCAAUAACUGUCAUUUUGUCUCGAUAAAUUGGCAUACUAGUGGACCAAUGCCACCUAUUGCUUGUAAUUGGUACAAGUACCAUCAUCCAUGUGCAGAAGGUUGGGCUACACCUUAUCAUGCUAGGAUGCAAUUUUUUAGGUCCCUGGUAGAAGAAUGUGUAGCUAUAUCAGAGAUAAUUGAUUUGGAUAAACCAUAA